GGGCUGGGGCACCACCCCUGCGCUCCGCGCACACCCGGAAGCAUCCUAGUCCAGUGGAGCCCGGCGGGCGUGUGAAUCCGAGCUGGGCCAAGGCCGCCAGGGGACAAGAUGGCGACUGGGUCAAAUGGGCUCGACGAGUGGGUGGGCAGCGCAUACCUAUUUGUGAAGUCCUCGCUGGACAAGGUGGUCCUAUCUGAUGCCUAUGCUCACGCCCAGCAGAAGGUGCCGGUGUACAGAGCUCUGCGGACUGCACUGACAGAGAGUGGCGGGAGCCCAGAGGUACUGCAGAUGCUCAAGAUCCACCGCAGCGAGCCCCAGCUGAUUGUGCAGGUGCGUUUCUGCGGGCGCCAGCCCUGCAGCCGCUUUCUCCGCGCUUACCGCGAGGGGUCGCUGCGCGCCACGCUGCAAGAGUGCUUGGCGGGGGCUCUCGCCCUGCACUCUGUGCCGCUGCAACUGGAGCUGCGCGCCGGCACGGAGCGGCUGGACAACUUGCUGACGGAUGAGGAACGCUGUUUGAGCUGCAUCUUCGCCCAGAAGCCUGACCGGCUCCGGGACGAGGAACUCUCUGAGUUGGAGGAGGCGCUCCGGAAUCUGACGUGCGGCUCGGGGAGCCAGGGUGGCAACAUGGAGGUCGUUCCAGCGCCCUCGCAGUCCCUGGCCACCUCUCUCUCAGAGGAGAAGCCACCGGCACCACCGCCGCCACCGCCUGUCCAGACUUUUCUGUUCCAGGGUCAGCCCAUAGUGAACCGGCCGCUGAGCUUGCAGGACCAACAGACGUUCGCGCGUUCAGUGGGUGUCAAAUGGCGCAAAGUGGGGCGCUCCCUGCAGCGAGGCUGUCGUGCGCUGCGGGACCCAGCGCUCGAUUCACUGGCCUAUGAGUAUGAGCGCGAAGGGCUGUACGAGCAGGCCUUCCAGAUGCUGCGACGCUUCGUGCAGGCAGAGGGCCGCAGGGCCACGCUGCAGCGCCUGGUAGAGGCCCUUGAGGAGAACGAGCUCACCAGCCUGGCAGAGGACUUGCUGGGCCUCACAAAUCCCGAUGGCAGCCUGGCCUAACCUGGGUACCAGAAAAAGGGGGGAUUGGCCAGUUGCCCAGCAGGAUUUGGAGCGUCCGAAUGACCCUCGGCUCCUUCUGCUGCUAUUGCUGAGCUCCUGUCCAUCCAUGGGACUCUGAAACCACACUUGUAACCCCACUUAGCCCAGCUGUUGGAGCUCCUGGGCACUGUCGACUGCCUUCUCCAGGAGUUGGACAAGCACCCACCAUUCCUGCUGCAGUGCCAUUGGGGGUUUGCCCCCAGAUACUGUGAGAUUAACAGGGUGCCUGGGUGACCUGCUGCAGCAGUCUGUCCACCCCAAAUGAGGGGCUUCUGGCCAGCCCUUACCUCUUCACUCAUUGAACAACUACUCAUUAAGCACUUGCUGUGUUCUAGCCAUCAUCCUGGGUGCUGCAAAUACCGUGGUGAACAAGAUACACGAAACCUGCCUGCCCCCAGUUUAUACUCAGUGUCGGACUGCAAAUUUUAAGCAACAGCAAUAAAAUAUUACCUGUUUUUUAAAAAA